GCUAAGCUGGUUUGAUUACUCUGCUGUUGAUUCUUUGACAGCAACCGCUCUCUGUCUCUCUCUGUCCCCGUUAAUCUCUUCCUCAGUGUUUGGUCCCAAAACAGUCCACUACGCAGUUUGUCUCUACUCGACCCGCAACCUGGACAAGAUUCGCAUUAGAAGAGCUACUGCACAGUUCUUGUUCUCUUCCUUCCGGGUUCUUGAUUUUCUUGUUCUUGCGGUGACACCAAAUGCGUGAAAUGGCACUCCUUUUGGGUCCGCAGUGACGGCCCUGAAAUGGGUGUGAGGUGUAUUCAGCAGAUCUGGGAGCUGUUGGUCUGAAGGGAGAGAUUGAGACAUGGAGCCCCCAAGAGGGGUUUUAUCUUCUAUAUGGAAUUUCAUAUGCUUCUUGCCUUACUUCAUUGGGCUCCUCUUACUCGGGACAAUCAAGGGUAUUAUUUUCUGCCCCUUGAUAUGCCUUACCAUGACUUUCGGGAACUUGGCGAUCAUAUUGGGUCUCUGGCCAGUUCACUGUGUCUGGACUUACUACUCUAUAUUCUGUUCAAAGCAACUGGGUCCUAUCCUCAAGCUCGUCCUCUUUGUAUGCAUGCCAAUUCCCUUGAUCAUAUGGCCGGUGGUUGGAAUCGUGGGAAGUAUUGUAGGUGGAGCAGCUUUUGGGUUUCUCUCACCGAUAUAUGCUACCUUUGAUGCUGUUGGAGAGGGGAAGUCCAACGAAUUUUUCCACUGUUUCUACGAUGGGACUUGGAGCACCAUCAAAGGAAGCUUUACUACAAUAAGGGAUUUUGCAGAUGUUUGUUUCCAUUCCUACUUUUCUUAUAUGGCUGAUCUUCGACAGGAGUCUCCUGAUGGAAAAUACCAUGAGAUCAGAUUGCUACAUAUUCCUGGAGCUGUUAUAGCAGGGGUACUUUGCUUCCUAGUUGACAUGCCAAUGAUCUCACUAAUUGCCCUGUACAAGAGCCCUUACAUGCUCUUCAAAGGUUGGCACCGUUUGUUUCACGAUCUUAUUGGUCGUGAAGGCCCUUUCUUGGAGACAAUAUGUGUGCCAUUUGCGGGACUUGCCAUCAUACUGUGGCCGUUGGCCGUUGCUGGGGCAGUGCUAGGCUCCAUUGCAUCAAGCAUCUUCCUUGGGGCUUAUGCUGGGGUGGUUGUUUAUCAGGAGUCCUCCUUCUGGAUGGGGCUUCGCUACAUUGUAGCAUCCAUCUCAAUCUACGACGAAUACAGCAACGACAUCCUUGACAUGAGAGAAGGAUCCUGCUUUCCAAGACUGCAGUACAGCACAAAGAAUGAUGAUGUAGAACCAAACCCCCCUCAUGAAGCUUCUUUCUCAGCACCAACCCCCUCUCAUGAAACUUCCUUCUCCAAGCGUAGCUCCUUUAGUAAGAACCCACCGACCAGGGCCACCUCAUUUAAAAAUGCCAUUCUGGAGUUGACGCCACUUGAGUUACUCGAUGGUCUGUUCAACGAGUGUCAGCAUCAAGGAGAAAGACUAGUGUAUGAAGGAUUAAUAACAUCUCAAGAUAUUGAAGAUGCCAAAUCGGGGAAAGGUACCGGAGUACUAACCAUAGGCUUGCCAGCAUAUUGCCUCCUUCAGUCACUUUUGAACUCCGUCAAAGCAAACUCUGUGGGUAUAUUGUUGAAUGAUGGUAAAACCGAGCUGACGAGCACAAACAGGCCUAAAGAUACCGUAUUUGACUGGUUUCUCAAUCCACUUUUGAUCAUCAAAGAUCAGAUCAAAGCAGAGAAUCUUACUGUUGCCGAAGAGGACUACCUUGGCAAACUCGUACUUUUGAGUGGCAACCCUGAUAGGUUGAAGAAUGCAUAUAUAGGCUCGCCUCCUGAAUCCGAGCGUAAAAGAGCUGAACUCGAUGCAUUAGCUCGCAGGCUUCGUGGGAUUACAAGAUCUGCUUCGAGGUAUCCAACUUUUCGUCGCCGCUUCGAUGCUUUAGCUAGGAUGUUAUCAGAAGAUCUUGCAAAGAAGAAUGUCAGAAGUGAUUCUGUCAAUGGUUCACAAAAAGUUGAGCGGUCAAAAAGCGCAUUUAUCGUUCGUAUAUUCAGUCAGAAAUCCUUCAAGAACGGGAAAAGCAAUCGCAGGUCCGAUGUGGAGUCACAGCAGGACAUGAGAGAUGUAGAAAUUGAGUCAUGAGAGACAAUCUUUACAGCUUAACUCUUUACUUUCUAUCAUCUGAUUAUUAACGUGGAGGUAAAACAAGCUCGAUUUACUGGAGAACUGAGAUGUAUGUUAGCAGGGACAGAAGUUUAGCAGUAUACGAUCUUGACCAGGUCCAUUUUGUAAGACUGAUGCGAUUGAUAUAUGAAAUUACAAGCACAUAUUGCCUUCGGGAGUUUGAA